AUGUGGGCGCGUCUCUGGUUUUCCAUGCCGGCCGAGAGGCCGCCGCGGCCGCCGCCGUUUACACCCCCACCGCCACCGCCGGCGCCGCCUCAGUACGGCCCUCUUCCCGCGCCGUCAUCUGUCGCGUCGCUGUACACGCUCGCCGGCGACUUCCUCGACCGGGCCAAGACAGCGCUGGUCACCGGCGGGCCGGCGGGUCCCGACACCAUCUCCGCGGCGUCGAGCGCGCGCCGUGCCGUGGCCGAGUUGAUGGCCCCGGCCUCCAAGGCGUCCCCGGCGGCGACGACGAAUGACUCGUGGACCUUGAGUUCUCGGGCCGUGCACUGGAUCAUCGUGGGCGCCGUGGUGGCAGCGGUGCUUCUGGUCUUGUGCGUGGUGGCUUGCUUCGUCCGGCGGCGGCGGAGGAGGCGCCGGCGCCGGCCGGUGCUGACACCUCAGCUGCCACCACCGAUGGUAUACCACAAAGGUAUGUUGUCUGACGGCGUGACAUGGCCCGUGCUUCAGCAAGCGACGCCAUCAGAGUUUUACUUCGCGCAGCAGCAGCGCCCCACGCCUCCCCAGACCAGCGGCACGUUCUCGGACGCCGGAACCGACCGCCACCACUCCGUCGACGUCGUCACCGAGCUGCCGACCGGCGGCUCCCACACGUACGAGCAGCUCGCGGCCGCGACGGACGGGUUCGCCCCCGGGAACAUCAUCGGGCAGGGCGGUUUCGGGUGCGUGUACAGGGGGACGCUGGACGGCGCCGAGGUGGCGAUCAAGAAGCUCAAGGCGGGAAGCCGGCAGGGGGACCGCGAGUUCCGGGCGGAGGUCGAGAUCAUCAGCCGUGUGCACCACCGGAACCUUGUCUCGCUGGUUGGGUACUGCAUCUACUCCGACGAGAGGCUGCUGGUCUACGAGUUUGUGCCCAACAAGACACUCGACUCCCAUUUGCACGGGCACAAUGGGCCACCGCUUGACUGGCAUCAAAGAUGGCAGAUAGCUGUGGGAUCUGCGAGGGGUUUGGCCUAUCUUCACGACGACUGUUAUCCUAAAAUCAUACAUCGUGAUGUUAAGGCGUCCAACAUUCUUCUCGAUCAAAAUUUUGAGCCCAAGGUUGCAGAUUUUGGGUUAGCAAAGUAUCAACCAGGAGAUGACACUCACGUUUCCACAAGAGUAAUGGGAACCUUCGGGUACAUAGCUCCGGAGUUCUUGUCUAGCGGAAGACUGACCGACAAAGCUGAUGUUUUCUCUUUUGGCGUCGUCCUCCUGGAGCUGAUUACUGGAAGGCUGCCGGUUCAGUCAUCUCAGUCCUACAUGGAUGAGACAUUAGUAGGCUGGGCUAGACCCUUGAUUUCACAGGUUGCAGAGGGCGGCAGCCUUCAAGCCCUCAUGGACCCACGACUUGGAAGCGACUACGAUCCGUCCAUAAUGAUGCGAAUGGUCGAGUGCGCUGCGGCCGCUGUGCGCCAUUCCGCGCAGCAGCGUCCAUCCAUGGUUCAGAUCCUCAAAUACUUGCAAGGGGAAACACGAGCGGAUGAUCCGGAUGGCGUUUUCAAAAUUACAACCGUAGAGGAAUCCUACAGCUCCAGCAUGGAAAUGGAGUCCGGCGAAUCAGUUGGACCCAGGCCAAGAAGAACGCAGCGGAGUCAAGCGAGCACCAGCAACGACUGCAUCAGCGCACAAGCUCCCGGGGAUAAGGACCCGUUUAGUUCACAGCCUCUAAACGCAAAAAAGCCGUAA